UUGGGGCGUUCUCAGCCUUUCUUUUUCGCGUUACGGGUGGAGGUGUAACAGUCUUCGGUCGUCCCAAACCGGGUUCAUCCGACACCCUCACCAACCCAGCUGAACUCAGCUCAACCGACAAAGCGGCAACAUGCCUCCAAAAUUUGAUCCCAACGAGAUUAAAAUUGUGUACAUGAGGUGCACCGGAGGAGAGGUUGGCGCGACCUCUGCACUGGCCCCCAAAAUCGGCCCACUGGGUCUGUCUCCAAAGAAAGUUGGUGACGAUAUUGCCAAGGCCACCGGUGACUGGAAGGGCCUCAGGAUCACAGUGAAGCUGACCAUCCAGAACAGACAAGCAGCGAUCGAGGUGGUUCCGUCUGCGUCUGCACUGAUCAUCAAAGCUCUGAAGGAGCCUCCUCGUGACAGGAAGAAAGUCAAAAACAUCAAGCACAGUGGGAGUGUGAGCUUCGAGGAGAUUGUCAACAUCGCUCGCGUCAUGAGGCCUCGCUCCAUCGCCAGGGAGCUCUCAGGAACAAUCAAGGAGAUCCUGGGAACGGCUCAGUCUGUAGGCUGCACAGUCGACGGGCGUCCUCCUCAUGAUGUCAUCGAUGACAUUAACAGUGGCAAGGUUGAGUGUCCGUCUGAGUAACUUCAGUGUAAAAUAAAAUUUUUACAAA